AUGAGUUCCAACAAAGACUCGUCGUCUGACUUCCUCACGACCAAAACCUCCGGCCCCACUACCCAAGGCACUACUUCCCACGGCCACAAUGGUGCCUCGCAGACUUCUUUGUUCACCUCCAAUCCCGAGUUGCAGAAUGGAACCGCAUCUAUGCUUGAGGCAUGGGCGAAUGCUCCCAUCUCGUCGGAUUCGUGGUCAUCGGCCAAAGCCGCCUAUUUCCCCCAACGUUAG